AAAGGAUAAUGCAACAUUCGAAAAUAAACAACGAUGUCUGAACCAGAGGGUUCUAAAAAGGCCUUACUGCCAAUAGCAGCACUUAUUCUGAGAGUUCUUACAAUGAUUUUGCUGUUGGUUUCUCUUAUUAUUCUUGUAACCGAUUCUGCCACUUUCAAGCCUGUUUUAUCAUCAGACGAUGUCACAAUUCGCCUGAAGUACAUCUACUCCUACAGGUACAUGCUAGCCACUGAAGUGCUUGGAUUGGCAUACACGUUUUUGCGAUUACCCUUUUCAAUCCUCUACAUGAUCACAGGGAAACGCCUGAUAGACGUUGUUGGCCUAAGCUACUUCAACCUUUUCAGUGACAAGGUGAUAUUAUCACUACUGGCCAGUGGAGUUGGUGCAGGAUUUGGGGCAACUUACGAUCUUAAGAAGAACCUUGACGAUCUGGAUGAUAUACUUCAAAGACAAGGCUACACAAUUAUUGCUAAUAUCCGAUCAGAGCUCGACGAUUUCUUCAACAUGGGAUAUGUCUCUGCCACUCUCCUUCUCUUGGGUUUCCUUUUCUUUGGAGUUUCCUCUUUCAUUUCAUCUCUGGCCCUUUCCAACACAGCCCAAAACUAGAUAAAUUUGAAAAAUAUAGAUGUUCUAUUCUCUUUUUUAAAAUUUCCUGUUACUAAUUAUUUAUUUACUUUUCCUUUUAUGUGUUAAGAAAAGUCAUUUAACUUUCAAAAUUAUGGAGAAAUUAAAUGUCUAUUUUAUAAUGCUUAGAGUUAUGUAAUU